AUGGAGCCCCGCAAAACCCCUCCAGAGUACUUCCUGGAGAUCUUCGCUGAUACAACUACAGUGCGUGAUGUGCUAAAAGGUGUUCUGAACUUGAUCUUUUUCCAUCGUUACUUCCCCUCCAUACGCCCAGUCACUUUCGAAGUGUUAGACUUUACACUCCCGGCAAUUAACGAUGCAGAUCUAGAAACUUUGAUUGACUCGCGCGUUAGCGCGCUGGUCCGCCAACAUCUCUCCUCGGCCGCCGGUGCGCAAGACGGGCAGGUCGGCGGAGGCGGGGGCGGAGGAGUACGUGGCCGGAUCGCAGUUGAAUUCUACGAAAAGAAACGACGUCGGUCUGGUCUGUGGUUUGGCGGACUCGCAGGCAAGGGCGAAGAAGAGGUGUGCUGGGAAAUUUGGACGUUGGAUGUGACUAUCGCCACUCCUCGCACAGAUUCUGAAAGAGCCAAAGUCCGCAAGGCUAUGACCAAUAUGCUUCAGAAGGCAGCUAUGAAAAUCCUCACUGUGGUUAAUAAGGACAAGGACCAUAUCCCGCCUAUUACGACCAGUGAAUCCAACCCAUUCCCCUACCGGAUAGUUGUCAACCCAAGGACUGAUGCUUGGGGUCAUCGCAUGGGGCUUUUCUAA